AUGGGUGUUCAUGAAUUAUGGGAUAUUGUUGGACCUACAGCUAGGCCUGUGCGUUUGGAAGCUCUUAGAAGUAAAAGAUUGGCCAUUGAUGCGUCCAUUUGGAUUUACCAGUUUUUAAAGGCUGUAAGAGAUAAAAAUGGAAAUACGUUAAAGAAUGCGCAUAUAGUCGGAUUCUUUCGACGAAUAUGCAAACUUCUAUACUUUGGCAUAAGACCUGUCUUUGUUUUUGAUGGUGGUGUCCCUGCACUUAAAAAGCAAACCAUACGAAAGAGGAAAGAGCGACGCCAAGAUCAAAAAGAAAAUGUGGAGAAAACGGCCCAACGUUUACUAGCAAAGCAGUUACAACAUAGAGCGGAGGCCGAGAAUGAAGGUGAUAGAGCGAUAAUAUCUCAUAAGCAAGUUUUUGCUACAAAACGAGAGGUUCCUAUCGAAAAUCUUCAAUUCGAAGAGUACUACGAUGAUAACAACUAUCUAAAAUCAGCACAUAUUUCGCAAUCUGGAGGACAGGAACCGAAGAAGAAGGAAAGGGAAAGUAAAUUUUUUGGAAAACAGGAUGACUAUGACUUGCCAAGGCUAGAGAAGUUCGACAUUGACAAGAAUGAUGAACGUAUGGUUACUGAUUACGAGUAUGAUCGUUUAACACAAAAUAUAAAGGACGGUCUCGGUGAUGUAAACCUAGAUAAUAUAGAUCCGGAGUCUAGUCAAUUUGAUAAGCUACCAUUAUCAACGCAGUAUAUCAUUCUUUCACAUUUAAGGUUACGGUCGAGGUUAAGAAUGGGAUAUACUAAAGACCAGUUGGAGGCUCUUUUCCCUAAUAGCAUGGAGUUCAGUAAAUUUCAAAUUCAAAUGGUGCAAAAGCGUAACUAUUAUACCCAAAGAUUGAUGAACGCUUCUGGAAUGGAUAAAGACAGUUUUGAUGAUAUUUCAAGGAGGGUUGCUGGCGAGAAAAAUAGGGAAUACAAGUUAAAACGAACAGAGGGUGGUUAUGUACUGUCAAUUACAAAGGAGAACGAGGAUGAAGGUAGAACUGUCGAAAAGCCUAUCAAGAUAAGUGAUGAAAAUGAAACAGAAGAUGACAAGGAAAGUUUCCAAUCUGAGGAUGAGUUUUUAGAUAAUUUUGAGCCUGAUAAUAAUGAUUCUGGCAACGAGAUAGAUUCUCUUGAUUAUUGGCCAGACACAGAUGACUCAAAUAAAGUUGGUAAUGAAAAGAAACUGGAUAAGAAAUCUCCUGGGAGCAUUACUUAUAGUGAGAAUAAUGAUAAUAAAAAUGAUAGCGAUGACGAUGACGAUGACGAUAACGAUGAUGAUUCGGUACAGUGGGAGGAUCUAAGCUUGGAUAAGAAAACGUCUUCAUUCCCCAUUGAGAUGAAUAAAUCCGGAUUGCCUACCAUUUCUCUAAGAGAAAAUAAGCCUCAACACCAUGAGGCUGUAACAGCAUUUAUGGACCCGUCAAUUCAUUCCGAUAAUACUCUUUUUGUCGAGCAAUCAAAAAAUAAAGAACGGAAUACGCCAGAUCCUAUAAUGGAUAAGAUUAAGUCCCUUUACGAGUAUGCGGAAAGAAAUAAUAAAAAUAAUGCCACCAUGACUGUACCACCCAUAAUACAGCAAGAUACUGAAAGUUUUCCGACAGAUGAGGAUGAAUUGCACAGUAUGGAAGAAGAUGAACUCAGACAAGCAAUUGAGCUUUCGAAGAAGGAUUAUCGUAGCAUGCAGCAGAAAUCAAAUGAUAAAGCUGAUUCAAAUAUCGUUACAGCACGAGAUACUGACCAGCCACCUAUCAUUCUUACUAAAGAAGCACUUAGUAAGACUUUGAAACUUCCAACUUUUAACACAGGUGGCUCGUUGUUGCAGAAAGGAAAUGUACCUCAAAUUCAUAAAAAAAAGAAAACUCACGAUAACAUAACGGCAGAAAAGGUUAGCAGUGAUUCAAAUUCACCAAAAGGAUUUGCAGCAAAGAAUGCCGAGGUCUCUUCUAAACCGAAGAAUGACAGCAAAAUACCUGCCAAACUUCCGGACUGGUUUAAUAACACAGAGGUCAAUCAAACUCCUGAAGAAAGAUUUAAAUCAGAUAUCGGUGUUAACAAUGCACUAAAUGAGAAAACAGAAGACGAGAAAGCGGGAAUAGUAAAGUUUUCGGAAGUGGAAGACCUUUUAUCCGCCAAGGAUGAGGUGUCUGAUCCGCUUAUUUUAGAUGAUGCCAAUAAGCCGAAAGAAAAGGCUGAGGUGAUAUAUAUUCGGGAUUCUGAUGAGUAUGAUUCUCCAGCCACUCAAGAAAGUCCUAAAGAAUCUGCGGUCCAGGUUAGCGGUAACGCCCAAGUACAAAAGAGCAGAACUGCUGAACAAAUUCCAGAUGAUUUGGUGGCGAACCCUUUGUCUAGAUCAAAUGGUGCUAAGCAGGGGCUUGAAGAUAGCUAUGAGUUUUCUGAAGAAGAAGAAGAAAUUUUAAAUCAAAAUUUAAAGAAAGAAGAAGAGACAUAUGGUCAAUUUGUGGACACUAUUUCACAGAAUGUCGCUCCUAGACAAAAUAGCGGCUCUAAAUGGACUAUGGAUGAAGAAAUAAAGCUCCAAGAAAAGUUAAAGAAGCAGAAGCGUGAUUCAGAUGAAGUGUCAACAAGUAUGAUAUUAGAUGUUCAGGAUUUACUUUCGAGAUUUGGAAUUCCAUUUAUAACUGCACCUAUGGAGGCAGAAGCGCAAUGUGCAGAACUUUUCGGACUUAAAUUGGUUGAUGGUAUAGUUACAGAUGAUUCUGAUUGCUUUUUAUUUGGAGGAAGUAUAAUAUACAAAAACAUGUUCAAUGAAAAAAAUUUUGUUGAAUGUUACCAGUUGGAGGAUAUUGCUAUGGAUAUGGGGUUAACCAGAAAGCAGAUGAUAGAUCUGGCCCUAAUGCUUGGAAGUGAUUACACAUCGGGGUUGAAAGGUGUUGGUAAAGUCACCGCUGUCGAAAUAUUAUCCGAAUUUGGUGAUCUUGUGACCUUUCGCAACUGGUGGCUUGAAUAUCAAGGGGGUAAAAUUGAUAAAAGUAAUGAUAACAAGAUGAGGAGAAAGAUCAGAAAGCAAAUGAGUAAGGCUGAUUUGUUUUUAGGACGCGAUUUCCCUGAUCCUGCAGUGAUCAAUGCAUACUUACAUCCAGAAGUUGAUCAUGAUAAAACAAAGUUUCAAUGGGGUUAUCCGAAUUUGGACAAACUAAGAACAUUCUUGAUGUUCAAUGUGGGAUGGACACAAGAUAAGAUUGAUCAGAUUCUUAUUCCAAUAAUAAAGAGUAUGAACAAGCCACAGAAAAUUAUUGAAGAGUUCUUCCCAGCCGAACUGGUAAGAAAAAGAAGGAAAAUCAUGAUGGGAAAAAGACUCACUGAGGCCACUAAUAAAUUGAAGGCGUCGUAUGAUGAGCGUCAAGCUGAAAGUAAAGGGCAACAUUGA